CUGUACUGUUCGGAGGCCAACGGGGUUGAGUUCGCGGCGGAAGAACCCGAUAAUCAGCGCUCGUCAGUGGCCAUUAGGGCUCCCGCAUUCUUCUUCCGAUUGCACUGUGACGAUCGAUUUCCGCUCAAGAGAUGCUUCGAAGCUCCUUUCCUCGACUCACUUUGUUCUCAGUUGGCCCCAGGAACCGCAAAUUCUCGACCUUGCAGCCGGCCGCAACCUCAUCGGCCGAGCAAUUCUACGCCCACCUGCAGAAUCACGGAGCCAAUUUCGAGAAAACCCUAGCUUCCAUCAGGGCCAAGAUCGACCCCUUAUGCGUAAGCGAGGUGCUGCGCAGAUGCUCUGUGGAUCGUUCCCUGCUGGGUCUCAGAUUUUUCAUCUGGGCCGGCACUCAUUCCACUUACCGGCACAGCGGCCAUAUGUACAGGAAAGCUUGUGAGAUUUUCCGGAUUCAUCAUAACCCAGGUGCGAUUUUGGAAGUUCUUGAGUCUUACAGAGCCGAUGAGUGCUCAGUCAAUCUCAAGACAGUUAAGGUGGUCUUGAAUCUGUGCAAGGAAGCUAAGCUUGCCGACGAGGCUGUUUGGGUAUUGAGAAAGAUGGGUGAUUUUAACUUAGGAGCUGAUACCGUUUCCUAUAAUGUCGUCAUUAGGUUGUUCUGUCAGAAGGGCGAUAUGGCCACUGCAGGAAUGUUGAUGAGGGAGAUGGGUUUGGUCGGUCUUCGCCCCGAUAUGAUCACUUUUGUCGAGAUGAUUAAAGGGUUCUGCAAUGUGGGGGAGUUGGAGAGUGCUUGCAUGCUGUUCCAGGAUAUGAAAGAGCAGGGCUGUAUCCCGAACACCGUGGUUUUCUCAACCCUCUUGGAUGGGUUUUGCAAGAACGGGAGUCUCGAGAGGGCUCUAGAGUUGUUGACGGAGAUGGAGAAAGGCAGUGGAGAUUGCGGUCCUAAUGUUGUUACGUAUACCUCUGUCAUUCAGAGCUUCUGCAGUCAGGGUCUUGUGGUGAAAGCACUGGCGGUAUUGGACAGAAUGAUCAAUCAAGGAUGUCCUCCCAAUCGGGUCACUGUCCGUGCCUUAGUUGAUUGCCUUUGUGCUGAAGGGCGUCUAGAGGAAGUAGAUGAAUUCAUUGACAAGGUCGUUUCUGGCGGCAGCUUCUCUAUUGCUGAUUGUAAUAGCAGUUUGAUCGUUUCUUUGAUAAGAUUAGAAAAGUUGGAAGAGGCUGAAAGGCGAUUUAUCAGAAUGUUGAGUAGCGAAAUGAGACCUGACGGGAUGACUUGUAAUAUGAUCUUAAGGGAGCUGUGCUCCACGGGGAGGCCUUUUGAUGCAUUUAUGUUGUUUAGGGAGAUCGAUAAGGCAGGAUGCUCGGCUUUCGUUGGAUCUAAUGCGUUCUCUGAGCUCCUUGUGGGGCUAACCGAGCUUAACCACAAAGAAGAGGCUGUAACACUCGCAAGGUUAAUGCUCGAUAGAGGAAUUAGACUCCAAGCUCCUUAUGUCGAUAAUGUAGUGAAGUUCCUAAAAAACAGUGACGAAAGUGAGCUGAUUCCCGAAUUGACAAAAGUGGGAAAACCACUUUAAACUCCGGAGACGGCGUCGUAUGUGGCUCAUAUCCUACAGAAGCUGUUAGUGACAGUUUACUAGAUCACAUUCAUACGGCUUCAAUCAUCAGGGUCUGUAUAUCGUGCUGAGAGCUCGAGAAUUAAGGUGGCUGAAAAUCCAAAAGACCUUGGGAUAGCUAUAUAUCUAAGCUGAAGAUUAUCAAUGGAAUAAGGAAUUGGGAUUUGUUAUGGAAGCCUUUUCUUCUGGGACAGUAAGCUUAAGAGUUGGCUGAGGAAAAGCGAACUUUUCUCUGUGCAGGAAGCUAGAGCUGAAUUUAUCGUCAUUUAUGGUGCGUUUGUUUUAAAUUAAUUAAAUAAAUACUUAAAAGUUAAUUAUAAGGGAAAAUGAUGUCGGAAAGAGGGAAAUGUGAGAGAUAAUGAUCUAAAUUACUUAAUUAUUAAGUAAAAAACCACUUAACUAGAAAAUUUUGACAUAAUGAAAUAGGUUAUUCUUAUUCAAAA